AUGUACUCACACCGUACAGGCAUGGCGGGUGUUUUUGAUAUCGAGCUAGACGGAGGUGAACCCCAUCGCUUCGAUGGUGGUGCACAACAGGAAGAAAUGGAAGAUGAUCAAAUGUACAGUAAUGUAGCUGAUGGUGUUAUAUCCGCCCCACCACCAAGCUCGUCAUAUAUGGAGGAUCCUAUGGUUGAAGCAAUUGACUUGUCAUGCAUCGCUGUCAACCAAGGGGUGAAAGUCGGGCCAAAAGAUUUCGAACUGCUCAAAGUUUUAGGAAAGGGUGGUUAUGGAAAGGUAUUUCAAGUAAAGAAAACAACGGGUUCUGAUAAAGGAAAAAUAUUUGCUAUGAAAGUUUUACAAAAAGCAACAAUUGUCAGGAAUCAAAAAGAUACUGCACAUACUAAGGCUGAACGGAACAUUUUGGAAGCCGUGAAAAGUCCAUUUAUUUGCGAUUUACUUUAUGCGUUUCAAACUGGCGGCAAAUUGUAUCUUAUUCUCGAGUAUCUUAGUGGCGGAGAAUUAUUUAUGCAUCUUGAAAGAGAAGGCAUGUUCCUAGAGGACACAGCUGCAUUUUAUCUUUCCGAAAUAGUUGUGAGCCUGGAGCAUCUACAUCGGCAGGGUAUCAUCUAUCGUGAUCUCAAACCUGAGAACAUUCUUCUCGAUUCGCGUGGCCAUGUUAAACUUACUGACUUUGGAUUAUGUAAGGAAGCCAUAGAAGGCGAUCAGAAGACGCACACAUUUUGCGGAACUAUUGAGUAUAUGGCGCCGGAAAUACUGAUGCGUUGCGGUCAUGGGAAGGCUGUGGACUGGUGGAGCUUAGGAGCAUUAAUGUUCGACAUGCUGACCGGUGGACCACCGUUUACAGCAGAAAACAGAAAGAAAACUAUUGAUAAGAUUCUUAAGGGUCGCUUAACCUUGCCAGCUUAUUUAUCUGUUGAAGCUCGUGACUUAAUCAAAAGAUUGCUGAAGAGGCAUGUUGAAACGAGGCUUGGAGCUGGACCAGAGGAUGCUGAGGAAAUCAAACAGCAUCCGUUCUUCCGUCACCUCAACUGGAAUCUUGUUUUUGCGCGAGAGCUUGAGCCACCUUUCAAGCCUGAGAUGAAAAGCGAAGAGGAUGCGUCUUUGUUUGACACACGGUUCACCAAAAUGACACCGGUUGAUUCACCUUGUGACUCAACAUUUAGUUUAACUGGCGACAAUCCAUUCGUCGGCUUCACUUAUGUUGCACCAUCCGUACUAGAGGCAAUGAAUCAACCAGCUCCUCAGGUCACCCGUGCACGAUCACCUCGCAAGCCUAAUUUCAUGGAACAAGGUAACCACCAUAAUAAUCAUGGAACUUCUCAUCUACUAACCGGCGGAUCAUCAAUGCUGUCACGGAUUGACGACGCAAUGGAUACGUCAACGACACCGAGAGCAUCCGAAUCGCGCGGGAAUCAUUUGAUACCUUGA